UCAGCGGGAGGGUUUCAGUACCGGCUCACCGACAGAUUUAGGUGCAUGCCAUGGUGUGUUACAGGGUUUCUCCAUCCUUCCUGUGGUCAUGAGAGGGUCGGAGCUGCUACAGGCCUUACAAAAGCUUGACGCAGAAUGGGGCAAAGAGAACAUCCCAGCCUGUAACUCUCCACAUCUGAAAGACUUGCGUCACCCCUACACAGGUGUGAAUAAGACAGUACGCAGCCCUGUGUGCCCAGAGUCGCCCGACAAAAGCAGACAACUCCACGCCGAUGGCCCGAGCGGACGUGCCCAGAAGUUGUCGACGGCACUAGCAGAUAUGAAUGCGUACGCGUACCCAGAUCCUCGAGUUACGGACUGGGGAGUGCCACAUGCAGAGUACGCCCCGAGGCCAUACACGGCCCCCCCUGUAGGGAGGCACUACUCAGGUAUGCCUGGCUAUGGGCCGCCCUGGUACCAGAGUGACGUUGUGUACUCAUCGUACAGCCCUGGCGGAGGGGUGAAGCUUGUGGAGAUCACGGACGAGCAUGCGGAAUAUCUGCAGAGUCUGGCCACCACCAAGGGUUUUGUGGAGGAGGAUUUUGUCCACCAGGAAGGACACGUGCGUGAUGUGAUUACCAACUCCCCACCAGUGGAUGAGCCACUGUCAUGGAGGGACCUACAGACGAGCCCAAACCCACUGAGCCCCAGCCCAAAUUACUACCCGAGUUACGAGCACUCAGACUAUGGUUCUGUGUCCCCUCCAUAUGCAGCUUCUCCAGAACAUAGGCAAGGGCUGGGUUAUCAUGAUUCAUUUGCACCAGAGAAUCGAAGACUGGCUUGCAGCUUGCCAGCCCCAAUUAAAACAGAAGGCUAUCCGCAAGUUCGGCCACCCCAGAGUCCAACUAACGGAUUGAAGUACCGUAGUACCCAAUGGGGAGGCGUGUCCCCAGAUAGACUCUACUCUGCCGAACAUGAACAGGGAGAUCUUAACAACAGUUUUGACUCUAGCUUCUCAUCAAUAACCCUGUCAGAGUUGGCUCCCUUGGAGCAGAGCGGGGCAUCGAGUUUGUUCACAGAGAGAUCUUCACGAAUGGCCACUUUGGAAUGGGACGGACUUAUUCCUAACCCAGACAGUGCCAUACUGGCGAAGCAGUCCCGGGAAUCUAAUGCCAGUACGUACAGACAAAGCAAUGUAGGAAAUUCCAGAUAUCUACCCUUAGUGUAUGAGCCAACAGAACGGCAGGAAGUGAAAGACGAUUCGUUAGUGCCGUUGAACUCAGGAGUGUCAAAUGAUGUUUCCUCAAAGCAAACCAACGUUCGUGUGUACUCUCGUCAUUCAGCAAACUCGUCACAAAGCAGCGGCCCUGCGCUCAAUAGCGCCUGGACUUUACGAGCAGACGGGUCCCCAGCCAAAGCACAGCAGCCAUACAGACCAAAGUCGUCCGGCAGUAUUUCAGGGGACAUUUCGCAUUCUGUUAGUGUCGGGAGCGCUAGAAACUCCUUGGCAUCCAGUCGACAAUCAAACCGAAAUUCCUCAAGUUCUAGUGCAUCUGAUAGCGUUGCACCCACAGCAGUCAGCAGUUCCACAAGACUCCGGCAAGAAGACAUGAUGUCAUUGUCGAGAAGCAAUGGAUUUGCCUCAGUGUCUAGUAUGGGAUCUUUGAACUCGCGGCAGUCUAACUGCUCACCUUUAGGGAAAGAGGAUCUCACACGGAGUUCUAGGACCAGUUCAGCUCAGUUUGCAAUGAGCUUGCCAAAGGAGAUUCCAUUGAGGAGUAGUAGAAAAUACUCAUCGCAUCUUCCAGUUGAAAGGAGGAAUACAGCAUCAAGUAGAAAGGUUCAACAGAACAUUGAUGUACCAACUCAGCAAAGCCACAGACUUCUGCACAAGCAACAGGUGGUCUCCACUCAGACUCUGAGACAUGGCCUUGAUGGUGCCUUCCAUAGCAGACAGCUGCCUAGCAUACGCCGGGCGUCCUCUGCACUAUGGACCAUCAGGCUCAUGGAAUCACUGCAAGGCGUAGACACCGAGGUCCGUGAACAGAUUCUUAUAAAGGCAAGGUGCUUUAGAAGAUGGAGGCUGCAUGUUAGAUUACAGAGAUUGUUGAGACAAGAGGAAGCCUAUAAGUUGCAAAGAGCUGUGCAAUUUUGGAGAUUAAGUGUACUUUCCAAGUGCCUGACUUCCUGGAGACACCAUCUUGUGCAACAGAGACAGGCUGCAGAAGAGUUGUGCCACAGACACCUACUGAGGAAGGGUCUGCAUGGGCUGCAGUUUGCUGUCCAGCAGCAGAGGGCGCUGUCAGGAGCCAUCAGUAGGAGGAGAGACAGUAAAGUGCUGGUCCGAGCCUGGAUGAAGUGGAGAGAAGCUCACUUGUCCAAACAGAAGGAGAUCAUGAAGAAUGCCUUUGAGCAGUGGCAGCAGUACAAGUCUGAAUCUGAAAGGUUGAAGGCAAUGGUUCACAUGGCAGACCAGAGACUCCUGUCCCGUACCUACCGGUCAUGGAAGGGCUUACUUCAGACCAUGCAGAAGUCUGCUGUAGCCAGACUACACUACAAAGUGACACUGCUCACCAAAUGUUGGCACAGUUGGAGGAUGUACUCAGCACAGAGAAUAGUCAAGGACAGGCAGAAUGACCUAGCUAGAAUACACUACGAGGAGAGACUUCAGAAGAAGACAUUUGAACACAUGAAAGCCAUGCAGGUCAAAUACCAGAUAGCAAGAAACCACAGAAGCCAUGUAGUGCUAGCCCAGUCCUUCCUCCAGUGGAGACAGCACACCCAGGUAGCCAAGGUACAGCACGUGCGGGAAGUCAGCCUGUGUAAGGAGCACUACAGACUGGCCCUGACCAGGGGCUGCUUCAGCAGGUGGAGACAGGAACUCAAGGCUGCCAGGGUGCAGCGCAGGAAACAACAGGAACAUGUCAGACGAGCCCUCCAAGUAUGGAUGUUACGGUGGAAGAGGAAACUCAUGUACAGGCGGAUCACUGACUCCAUGGCCAGAAAGUCGCUGAAGAGAAGAGUGCUGUACAGCUGGCUGUCUCGUACCAAACAGUUGCGCGAGGGCCGGGAGCAGGCCUGUGUUGUGUUGCAUCGACUGGUGCUGAAGAAAUCCUUCUCAGCAUGGAGGGAACAUGUGCAGUAUAGGGUAGACCUCAAGACAAAGAUGCAAGUUCUCUGUGACAGUAGAGAGCACAGACUGAAGCUGGUCAUCCUGAACCACUGGAGAGCACAGUUUCAGUCCAGACUGUCCCACCAACAAGCCAGGGAAAUGUGGUCACUCAAAUGUGUCAGAAAAGCCAUACAGAAAUGGAGAUAUGUGGUGCACAGAAAACACCUGGAGGUGUUGUUAGUCAAGACCCAGCCUCUCCGGGACCGGAGGGUGACCAGAGCAGCCUUCGGUGCCUGGCUGUUGGCUAAACGAGUGUCUGACCACGACCGGCUGAGGGUGGACAUGGCCAGACAGGUGGUACAGAAGAACCGGCUCCACCGCAUGUUCACUGCCUGGAGAAUCCUCAACCAGCAGACUCAAACCAUCGCUCCUCUGGCUGCCAGGAGGAAAAGGAGAGAGAUUGUCAGAUACUGGGAUGCAUGGAGAUGGGUAGUUCUGAGGAAGCAGCGUUGCCAGGCCAGCCUGGAAUAUUUCCGACGGCAGCAGCUCUCUGUGGCGUUCUCCCACUGGCACCAACGGUCGAACCUCCGACAGACGCAGCAGGCAGCAGAAACCAAACUCGACAUGUCGAAAGUCAGAAGGGCCUUCCAAGGAUGGAGGGGGCUUGUUGAGAGGAGACAUGAGUUAGAAGAAAAGGAGAUCCGACACAAGGCACAAGCUCUCAAGAGGAGGUUCUUACACUGGCAACAACAGGCUCAGCUCAGGGAACUACAGAGGGAGGUGGAACAUGGCAACAUGGCCCGUGCCCGUGUGCUGUUAUCCAACGCCCUGAGCCACUGGCAGCAGUAUGUAGCAGGACAGAAGAAGACCCGGGCCCAGUCUACAGACAUACUGCAGGAACAGAGGGCUGAGCUGCUGCUCAGGUGGGCUCUGUCACAGUGGAAGGAGAGACUCAAGGCACAACAGGUCGCAAAGGAGUUCCGUCACACGAGGGAGGAAGACCACCUCCGGCACAUGCUCCGCUCCUGGAACCUGCACUCCAAGGAGUCCUUCCGCCAGUCUGUGGAGCAGUUUAACCAGUCCCUGCUCAACAUCCAGUCCUCCGUACCCAGCAGUGACCAGGAGUCCACAGCCUCGCAGGUGUCAUCUUACGAGAGCAGCGGUUUCCAUAGCAACACCACGGCGCCGCAGUGGUCCACCAAUAGCAGCGCAGGUUUCCAGGGGGCGGGGUUCCAUGGCGCUGUGGCUCCGGAGUUGUCCAACAACAGCAGCGGUUUCCACAGCGGAAAGAGACCCUCACUCACAACCGACCCGUCAUCUGAGUCCAGCGACACACGCUCCAGCUUCCAUCGCUUUCCUCACUGGUAA